AGGGGGUAGGUAGGUUGCGAGGUUUGAAUAAGGAAGUUUACAUGGUACGGGCUUCGCAUUUAGUUCAGUGUUUGCAAAUAGAGUAACUUCAUCACCAGUAAGCAGUGGUCUGCCAACGGGGAAGCAAAACAACGCUUGUUUGCAGUGCGUGCUAUUUGCAUUAGCUACAGAUAGGGUUGCAUGUGAAAUUAAAACAAGGAUCUUACUUACCUGUUCGAGAUUGACCAAUAUUUUGAAUAGUAUCUUGAUUCUCAAGAAAAAUAUUUCAGUGCAGCUCUUUAGCCAACAUUUGGGAUUUGAAAUGGAUGUUCUACCCAUGUGCAGCAUCUUUCAGGAACUUCAGAUUGUACAUGACACGGGCUACUUUUCAGCUUUACCAUCCUUGGAGGAUUACUGGCAGCAGACUUGCUUGGAGUUGGAGCGGUAUCUACAGAGCGAGCCUUAUGUCUCAACGACAUCCGACAUCAAGUUGGAGCCGCAGGAGCAGGACCUCUGGAGCAAGCUGAUCUUGGCCUGCGGUGAUAAAGCGAUCGACUCUGACCCAAAGAUCCCUCUGGUCAAAGAAGAGGACAAUCAGGAUGGCCAGAUCUUGGAAACCAACAGUGUAAACUCUGAUGCCAGCAGCGAAGCUUCAGACAGUUCCGUGGAGCUCUCGCCAACACACAGCUUUACCUUGAACCCUCUGGGGUCGGUUCUGGCCGGUUCUGGACCUUUUAGCCCUUCUAUCAUUAGCACUCCCCCAUCCUCCCCAGAGGUCAGCUCGGAACCCAGCAUCUCACAAGGCUGGGGAAGUGUAAACACAGAAUUGACCUUGCCGGUAAAAGUCCGGACAGGCGGCAUCGGAAAGAACUCGGCAAAGUCUGGGCUGGUUGGUGGAGACGCGUCACCGGACGGGAGGAGACGGGUGCACAGGUGUCACUUCAACGGAUGCCGCAAGGUUUACACAAAGAGUUCCCACUUAAAAGCACACCAACGCACUCAUACAGGUGAGAAACCAUACAGGUGUUCAUGGGAGGGCUGCGAGUGGCGAUUUGCACGGAGUGAUGAGCUAACCAGACACUUCAGGAAGCACACUGGGGCCAAGCCAUUUAAAUGCAGUCACUGUGACCGGUGUUUCUCCAGGUCCGAUCACCUUGCCCUCCACAUGAAAAGACACCUCUGAGCAGGUCGGAGCGGAGCGAUGUUAGCCGUUUAGUGAAACUAACAAACGCAGCGAAAGGAAAUGUCGUCUCCUAACCAGCCUCAUGGUUGAACUGCCCUUGAGAGGAGCGAGCUAGGGGAGCGUGUUCUAGCCAAAGUAUGCCAUUUUGCACCAUACCCAGUGCCUCCGGGAUGGAUGGACCCCUUGGAGAAGGAAGGCGCUCUGAAGGUUGCCUGUCCAAAAACCACAACAACAGAGGACAAAAUCAUGUACAGACAGAAGGAAGCAGCCAAUUGAAUUGAGGGACUUGAAAGAAAAAGAAAAAAAAAAAACUAAAACAAAGACAAAAAAAGAAUUAACGAAUGAAUGAGUUGAAUGUGUGGUUGGUGCAUGAUGUUUUUGAGGUGAAUGAAUGAGUUGAAUGUGUGGUUGGUGCAUGAUGUUUUUGAGGUGAAGCAACUGUCUCCUGGACAACUGAUACACUGGUACUGCUUUACAAAAACGGUUGUCUGAGGUAAGCAUGUGUGCACUGCGAAUGUCUGACUUGGUUGACUGGCCUGUGUGCAAAGAGGGGGAAGCAAAGGCGGUCUGGUACCAGUGUUGCUGUGGACUGAAUGGUGUCAGGGAGCAAGUUUAUUCUUUUUUUUCUUGUAGUUGUGAGAACGUGACUGCCUGCCUGACUGUCAAGCAGCAGUGAGACUGAGUGAAGAUUGGGGUUUCUCACCAGAAGCCUUGAGGGGUUGUGGUGUUGAGUGGUAUGGGGGGGUGAUGUGUUUUGUUCCCCCCCGUUCAGCAACCCAGGCCAGGGCAGAAACUCCACAAUGUGAGUCCUUGAGUGAGAGGAGCUUUUUUUGGUGUUUGGUGCAGCUACUAAAUGUGCAAUGUGUUACGUAGCUUGUUUUUUUUACAAGUUACAAAGCAAAUUUUUAGUCCAUUGUAUAAGCUGUGUGCUUAGAGGUAUAACACAACUAUACUAUAACUUCAGUAUCAUAGACAGGUGUUGCAUGGUUCUAGGGUUUGUUCUCUCUUCCUGUUAUUCUGUAAUCAGGACUGCAAAUAGAUUCCAAUAAAAGCGCAGCUAAAUACGAACGGUUAAAUGUUACAAUAUUGUACAUAAAGCCUUGAUGAUUUUUUGUAUUAUUAUUAUUAUUAUUACUUCAGUACUUCUCUUUCUCUCUCUUUUUGGUUUGAGAAACCACUACUGCUUACUUAGCAACUGAAUCAUUCAUUCAUUAAGCUAUUUUUUUUUUCUUUCACUCAUCGAUGCCUUGAGGACUAUCGGAUUUGAUUUUGUAUAUUCUAUCUUCUUUUCUACCUGGUAAUGCACUGUUGACGACCUUAAUGGUGCCUUAUGCAAGUGACCUAUCCUUGUGGGAUGGAUGACUACUCCUUGGAGGGUGGCGGGGGGUCACACUGUUGUAUGGGUGAUUGAAAAGCUUUAUUAAGGCUCAAUUUCACAUGAACUUACUUGCACCUUUCCUUGUUUUCAGAGACUGCUUGGUCUAUUAGCCCUAUGUAGAUUGUGAAUAGUGUUUUGUGUGUAUAGCAUGUACAGUAAAGAUCCUCCCUUGUUAGGUUAUAUUGCAUAGCACCCCGAUGAUCUAUAUAGUACAUUCAGUCGAUUCAAACCAAGACUUGUAUAAAAUAACUUCAAGUCAUCAUUUAGAGAGCACUUAUAACAGUAUAUUAUUAACCCAAUUUUCUACCACUGUAGUAUGUACUGUGUCUACGUAGUUAUACACAUUUGGUAUCAAGUGAAAAUGUUGCUCAAAGGUACAAAAAAACCUGAUGAGACGAUCGGACUAGGUCUGGGCUGGCACCCUAUUCCCUCUUUAGGGCACUACUUUUGGGUCCAUAGGGCCCUGGUCAAAAGUAGUGCAUCAUAAAGGGAAUAGGGUGCCAUUUCAGACACAGUCUAGGACAUGAACUUGUGGUUUGCAUAAAGACAAGGCUGACUUGAAAGGAAUGUGAUGGUGAUGUAGCUGCUUUCAACAAUGCUCUAACAGUGGGUUUGUAGAGAACUCAGGGGCCCAGACUCAGUGUAGGGCAAUAUCCCCCCCUGCAACCAAAGCUGAGGAAAAACCCUAAAGAUUUAUUGUAAUUAACAAGCUCCAGUUGGACAGCCCUUGCCUUGUACUGCAUCUCUGUAAUAAAUUGCUAAAGGCUUUGCUGGCAUAGAAUUUAUUACGGACUGCUGACUCUGGGAGUUUGCUAUUGACCCGUCUGGGCAGCCGCAUUCGUUGUUUUGGUCCAGGCAGCUACAUUAUUAUCAAAACCAACGUGAACAGGAUUCUGAAGAGAGAAGAAAAAAAACAUCUUUCUCCCUCCCCAUUUGAAGCUGAUUCAUUGUUUAUGUACACACUUGAAAUAAUUUGAAGACUUCAGGACAUUUUUGCAGGGUAAGGGACCGAAAUAAUGUUAAAGGAUAGCUUAUUGUGUUAUAUUCGUCAUUUAAAAAAAAAGUCUAGACUCAAGGAUUGGUGAGAUUUAACAUUGAAAUAUAACAAAGUGCAUAGACUUAUUUUAUUCAGUAUCAGGGACAUGCCAUGCUUUGUGGGUGGAAAGGAAUUUGACAUUGCAGCAAGAUCAAUGUAGCAGGGCCACAACAUGGAUUUUAGAUCAGAUUGUUGUAAGAGGGAGGAUGAGUACAACUUGAAACGGCCUGCUGCAAUAAAAUUACACCGCCAGCAACAGCAAGACUUUUGUGGCAAAGAAAUAGAACAAUGACUUUCUGUCUUUGUAACAGAACAGCAGCCAAUAUCAUUCAGGUGAUAAUCGAGCCUUAAUUAAGCCUCAUGUUUGCUUACAUCUUAACCUACAGUUUCCCAUUGCUGUCUGCAUCCCAAAUGGCACCCUAUUCCCUAUUAGAGUACUACUUCAGACCAGGGACCGUAGGGCUUUGUUCAAAAUUAAUGCAUUAUAUAGGGAAUAGCAUGUCACUUGGGACGCACUCUGAUUCUCUCUUCCUCUUCCACACACAGCGCCCCUUGUUCUUUACAGAAUCUUUGUCAAAGAAAAAAAAAAAAAAAAUAUUCAUUUUGUAAGAUUGUUUGUUUUUUGCUUUAUGACGUUUUAUUUGAAAUUGUUUUGCAAAAUUGUUAUAUUUCUGUAUGAAUGUAUUUUUUAUUGGAAUAAUAAGAAUCUUAUCAGA